CGUAAGUGCACAACAUAUAGUAAUAGAUGUACACAUGUAAGUGACCACAGAUGGAAUUUAACAAACACACGUGAGUGUACAACAGAUAAUAUCUUCUAUAUACACGUUUGUGCACAACUACACUCGCAAAAGCUACCAGUACGCAUACUUAACCCUCGACUGGCAGUACGCUUGGCAAUUCCAUACACACAUUAACAAAAUAGCAUGUCACAAUACUAUGGACUGCUAGUUUCAGCAGUUGGGGUGGCUUCCAGUUGUAAACCAGUGCUAGCCUUCUAUCAGCAGGCACAAGCGCUGCCAAUCGAUGGGUUCGUACUGUGGAAACAGUUGGAGACUUUACAAUCAGGAUUAGAUGUGUGUGCACGCCUGAGUGCCCGUCAUGAAACAAGGCAGUUGGUGAUACCAGCCAUAGCACUGUGCAGAGUGUGUCUGCAGCAGUGCGAGCUGUUUCUGAAGAGGGACAACGAUGACGAGGAUGACGCGAGGCCCAACUCGGCCGAAAGCUGGACCAACUG